GCGCUCCUUCUAAUUUCUGCUGUUGCUGCUCAUGAGCACCAUACUCACCAGAUCUCUCCAGAUGCCGUUAUCUCCGACAAGCCGAUAGACGCCAAGCUUUGGAUGCACAUCAUUCUCAUGCUGCUCUCCUUCGGCAUCUUCUUUCCUUUGGGCGUUGCUCUGGGUGUCGCCAAGUCGCGUUGGCAUGUGCCUGUACAGAUACUGUCUACUGGUCUGGCUGCAUUUGGUAUCGUCCUUGCGCAUACGCCGCGCACGGGUCGCCAGUUUCGUGCCAACAUUCAUGCCAAGUUCGCACCGUGGCUCAUUCUCUAUAUGCUCAUCCAGAUUGCUCUUGGCUUCUACCUACGUCUCCAUCUCGAGCGCGGAUUGAACAAACGGUUGCGCGCCUGGAUUGUCCCCAUUCAUGGCGUACUGGGGAAAUUCAUGCCUCUACUUGGGUGGAUACAAAUGGGCUUUGGUGGCAUCACAGCGCUCGGAUUCUGUAGAAAUGCUACAGGCGACCAUCUUGGACAAUGUCUUGCUCACGGCAUUAUGGGCUCAGCUUUUGUCGCGUACGGCAUCUGCUUUUGCAUCAUGCUGACCGUACCUGCACGACUUUGGUUGCAGCGCAAAAAUGUAAGCCAAGAGCUGCUCGAUAGUAGCGUCAUUAUGGCAUGGGGACUAGUGAAUGCACUGACGGAACAUCGCUGGGGUCAGUCAUGGAGUCAUUCAGACUUGCAACACACAUCUAUGGGCAUUAUCUGGUUCUGUGCCGGUAUCGCUGGAAUCUUCCUCAGUAUGGGCAACCGCCGUAAUGUCGUGCCAGCAGCAGUCAUAUUGCUGACUGGCUGGGCGAUGAGUCGACACAAGCAGCGCAUCAUGCUUUCCACAGAUAUGCACGCCAUCUUCGGUCACACUCUCAUGGCGGCUGGAGUGACGCGGAUUGUCGAAGUGGCCGUCUUGCUACGUGACCAGCCUUACCAGCAGGAAGGCGACAAGCCCCAAGUACGUGCUUUCCAGUACAUUCCGUGCUACCUGUUGGUCGCAAGCGGUCUGCUGUUCAUGUUCUCCAACGAAGAGCAAUUGGUCAUGAUUAACGAUGCAAAGAUUGACGCAGUCUCGUACAGCUUGCUAAUCUACUCGCUGGCGUUCCUUGUCGUCUUCUUUGCCAACUUCCUCAUUCAUGUA